AUGCCGGCUGUCCUCUUGAAGGUUGGUCAUGUGAGUAAUGGGACCAGGUUAUGUGAGGGGCAGACAAAUACGGUCUGUUCAGCCUUUAAACCCUCCGUUCGUCUUGAUACUGUCUGAUCAUCGGAAGCAGAUACAGUGAGUGGCCGAUCUCAUGAAAUGUUGGUCAAAAUUCAGAAAUGCGUUUUGAUUAGAAAGGAUGACUUAGGUGGGGUUGUAAUACUGAUUAUCUUGCGCAUAAUCCUAUAACAUUUCGAACUCGGCAGGAUGUCGGCUUUUAAAUGCACUUCUUCUUCACCUCCUGUAAAAACCGCGUUUGGAAAAAAAGAACUACUUAAGUAGCAUGCAUUUUUCUAAUUGAUUUUCGACGUUCUUAUAAAAUCGAAUAGAGUAUAUGAAAAGCGUGAACAAAAAUAUUCUUUCUUCCACUCGUGCGACAGAGACUCUCGACAUCUUCAUAUUUUAUACUCGACGAAAGAGUAUAAUUAGGCCUUAAAAAAGUUUCCAAUUAUGAGAUUUUUUAAGACCGUGCCAUGUCUACUAAAACAGCUUCGUACAUGCUCGUUUACCACUGCUCCUCAUGAAAUGUGCAACAUAAUCCGCACCCAUUGCAAAAUUUUAUGGACUCAUUAUGGCAUCUUUUUAAAGGCAUAGAAGAAUUUAUGAUUUCCCUUACGCGGAAUGGAUGCACCUUGUAGAUUGAAAUCACUAGGCGCUAAUGCAACGGCUGAUCAGGUUCCAAAUUAUUUGGGAAUUAGAAAACUUUUUCAAAAAUUAAUUAUACUCUUUCUUCGAAUAUAAAAUAAAAAGAUGACGUGAUUCUCGAUAACAAGAGUGAAAGAAAGCAUAUUUUUGUGCAUGCUUUCUACAAAAUACAUUUGAAUGUGUAAGACCAUCGAAAAUCAGCGUGAAAAAUGCAUGCUACCGAAGUAGUCAUUUUUUGUCGAGUGUGGUUUCUGCAGGAAGUCAAAAUGAAGUCGACAUCAUGGUAAGUUUGAAAUAUUACAGGAUGAUGCCGCAUGAUAAUCAAUGCUACAAACCCACCUAAGUAAUCCUUCCUAAUCAAAACGCGUUUCAGAAUCCUGGCUAACAUUUCGUGAGAUUGGUCACUCACUGCAGGUAUGCUGGGAGAAGAUUCGGUAAAUAAUGUGCGAGGUUGCACCGCUACAAACUAAUUCGGGUACACGUCACCGCCCUGAGCCUACUUAGUUUGGCACAUGGUGGGCAUUAAGGCCGCCCCGGGAACCCAGCACGACCGCGUUUGACAAACGGUUAUCACAGGUGCAGCACGAUGGUGAAUGCGUCCGGUAAGACUGUUCUGACUCUUGAUGACAUGCGAGUAGAAAGAAAGUUGAUUACGUUGCUGAGGAACUCGUUGAACUACGGGCUGACAUAACGCAGGUUAAGGCUACAAUGGCCGAAAUUUUAACGGCCGUUCAGGAAUUACGUCUGCCUGCUGAAGCGAGACCUCCUUCACUGAAGUUGCCUCUGUGUACGAAGGAGGCUUACAAGGCUUUCAUCAGUGAGCUUGACAAGAAUGCUAGUUUCGCUCAAGACGCGGAAUGUACAUAUACUGACACUUCUUUAUUUGAAUGGAUUGUAGAUUAAACGUCUGGCGAGUACAGACGGGCGAAACGAGAAAGAGUUUGUCAGAAAUCUACUGACCACUCUACUCGGCCACCCACUAUGCCUCAGUUUCUGCUGGGGCGGAGCAAGAGAUAAGCAGGCCUUCGUCGGCAGCCCCCUUUAUGGCCUUGUUAUUGGUAGGAUAUUUAUUUUUAAGAUUACUUGUUCAGCUGCAAUUCGUGAACACGCCGCCUUCUCAAAUUGCACCGUUGACACAAUUCGCAAAAGUACAAUUGAUUGGUUCCACGGCGCGCGUGACAGAUACGGUGGCCGAUCAAAGCGGAGAGAUAAUACCACUGCAAAUGCCACGGUAAAUUAAUUGACUUGAGUCUUUAUAAGCCACUUUCAGCUUCCCGUCAGCUACAGCUCAGCCGAAGAAUAUAUGAUGCAAUCUACUUCCGAGGACACUGUAAGUGAGCGUUUCUUUAUAUCUAUUAAACCUGCAUUUAUUCGAGCCUAUCAACUUCAAAAUACUUAGAUCAUAAAAUAUACUACUAAAAUGCCUUAUUUCAAUAGUAUGUUUUUGACAAUUUAAUUAAUAGGACGCUGUGCUUUAUUUUAUUGUAGAUACCCGCCACCGACAUGGACGGAUUACCAAAUAUGUCCCUUGAGGAAACAUGACUAUUUGUACGUAUCAAAUUUUCAUCUUUAUCGAUCAAUAAAUUUUCUUUAACCAAUAAAUGCCGUUCAAGUGUGCUGAUGGAUAUGGUUCGUUGGGGGGUUUGCAAUCACGCGUGAAGGUCCGCUAACGGUCGCGGGAGAUAUUGGCUUUGGGAAGGCGAGCCGGAAUGAAACAUGACAUAUUUGGCGAAAUGGGGUUCGCUAGAAGGUAACAAGGGAUAAAAUAGGACAGAUACCGGGGAAAAUCUGUCUAGGAAAAGGGUGAUCAGGAUUAUAACGCGAGUAAUUAGACGUUAAUGGAUCGGUAUUACGGUCAGACAGUCGAAUAUGGCCAUGGGUGGGGGCAAAAAACGGUAACUAUAAGGCGUCCCUCUGCGCAUUUUUUUGUCGAUGAGGGGGCCAGAGGGGGCCACAUCGGGGAUUUGCCCCGCCAUAGCCCCCUCUCCAGCCCCCUCAUAGCCCCCUCUGGCCCCGCCAUAGCCCCCUCAUGAGGCGGGGCCAUGAGGGGGCCAGAGGGGGCUGGUGCUGGCAGGGUUGCUUGAUACAGUAGAACUUCUGUCGUAUAUUUUCUUUUCUAUCGUUUCGUAGUCGACUAUCAGGUUAGAUUUGAGAUGGAAAGGCUUGCUUUCUCUUCAGCCUAUUCAAGCGAUUAUUGCCUGGGUAAUCACAAAUAUGAGAACCUUCUACGUACUCAGGGCAAAAGCGAACUGAAUGUCUAUCUACUGGUCUUUGCUGCACUUCAUCGGAAACUAACGGGCUCCUUCCUGUUUGAAUAGCUCCCGUCAAUUCCGACUCACUUCGGUUCUGAGUAUUCUAAUAUUGACUUGGCCAGCAACUCUACUGGCUGCCUCCAUCUUUAUAGCAUCGUCCCCAGUAAUGAUCUGUGGCAUUACGUUUGACACAUCUUUAUAAAUGCCCGGAGGUAUUCUUAAAAGAACCCAACCUGCCCAGUGAAUUUUUUUCAGUUUAGCCGAACGUCACUCCCGGUGCAUUUCUAAGAUUCUUUCUUGCUCGAGCGAGCGUUUCGAAUUUGACUUGGAUGGAGACCUCAGAGGAAAUCGCGGAGAAUAUGACAUGAUCCGCCACAGAAGAGCAGCAAGCAGACGAUCAUCGCCCCCCCCCGCAUUGAGACUGAAGAGAAGCAGGCAAUCAAUAAUAAGACGCAGGCCGUUCACAUGCAAAUGAGGUCACAUCAAAGGAAGAAGUUAAAUAAAAACGGACUGACGACUGAAAAGGGAGCGACAGAAAUCGGACGACUUCGGAGUACUCGAAGAAAAGAACUCCCUAAGGUGGAAAGGCAGAGUUUAUGUUUCAGUUUAGCCAAAUGUCACUCCCGGCACAUUCCUACAAUUCUUUUUUUCUCGAAUGCUCCGCCACCAAUGAGCUAUAUUUCAGUGGUGUUCCCCAUCUAUGUUUCUUCCCUAGUGUUGAUUGGCUCAUUGAAAAAGUUUUCUUCCAUAUCCCGUCUUCCUCAUCGAAGUUGAAUUAAGACACAGACGAAUAAAGAGUCCAAAGUGCUUUAGGACUGAAUUCACUUCAGUAGUAGGGAAAAUUCGAUUCCCAGGUGGCCCGCCUGGAGAGGUUUACUUGAGGUCUGGCGGUUCAAACGGUGAAUUCGCCCAAACAUCUUAGGGGACUGGUGAGUUCUGUUGACAGCUCUCCGAAUAUGACUUACUUUGCGCGCUACGUAGGUCGUCAGUGUCGACUGCGAGAGCCUCCUCUGUCACCGUGACCUCUGUCGUCCCUGCCCUCGUUCACUGAUAAUUGGGGGACCUCGAAUAUGUGCAGCCAAGCUUGCUAACAGAACCGUCAGAUCUCACAUAAACCCAUCUCGUUAAACACCAAAUCCCUGCAAAUCAAGUGACUGCCGCUCACUAUUAACUCGUCUAACUUCAAAGUAAGCAAGGGUCAGGAAGACAUAGCCUCGUUUAUGGAUCUUGGAUAGACUCGCCCUUAUACACAGCCACAACACAAACUCGUAUCUGUACUAUGUUGUUGCUAUUCACAGGGGCUAUCCUUAACUUGUGAACUUUUUGCAGUUCCGGUCUUCUGGGAAUCUCGUGGGACCUCGUAGCUCAGGUGGCAAGAGCGCUGGCUGUACUCAAGUCCUCCCCUUGCCGUCAUGGGUUCGAAUCCUACCGAGAUGGGUGAAAAUAAAGGUUCUUGCAAUCGACCGUUGAAUUUAAUCUCAAGUGGACCCAACUGUAUCCAGGUCGGGAGAUCCAGUCGGCCACAGAGUACAUCUAAGGCUGUGAGUGCAUCUGAAAGACUGAACAGUGCAGUUUUGACGAGCCUUGGAAAUCGUUCCUGUACCCCCACAUAGUCCAAACCGACAACACUCUCACCAAUAAAACCGACUGUCCUUGCCUUAAAGUGAAGCAGGAGAAUAAGUAUUCCCUCCCCCUGUAUUGCAGGCUAGAGCUAAAGUUAGGACAUGGAAUUUCGCGCACAACCAUCUGUAGCGCAGGGGUAUUUAGUCCUGUGUUCAGCUUGCCUAAGCUCCAGGCAGCCGAACAAACCUCUGUCGAAACUUGGACAUCUUGGUAGCUCGUUUCGUCAGAUGAUGGCUCACUCUCCAAAUUUGGGCUCCUCCCCCGAUCCUUCUUGGUCCAAACCGUGAUUAAUUUGCCCAACCAACAUUGCUUCAUUGCGGAGGACGUCGCAUAUACUGCCGUAUGGCCCAAUCCAAGUGGGUUUGUUGGUGGUAGCCAUUCAACCAGAGCGCUUUAAGCGGUCAUCCUGCCUUUGCGUGGUGUCUGUUUGAAACCCUUCUCGCAGUGCGGAUAGAUUCUUAGAAUUCAUAUUUCACGCUACCAAAUGUAAGAGGACGCAAUAAGAGUGCAACUGGCACAUCUGGAUAGUCUCCUGUGAUAUCGUACUGGGCCGUCGCUUGAUAGCCACCACCUGACAUUUAUUCUUACACAUCCCCUGUUUGCCUUGUUUUAUUUCCGAGGAAGUGAAUGCGCGAACUUGGAGUAAAUCCGCCGGUAGAGACCUUUUUAGGCAUGGUAAGCAAUUGCACACUUCUAUACUACUGACUGCCUGUUGGCGGUUUGUGAAUAUUACGCGAUUAUUGCGUAGUAGCUGAUGUCUUUCAGCUCAAAUAUUCAUAUCAAAUUCUGAACCGUGCCUGAAAUGGUCAGUUCCGAAGGAUUUUCUCCAAAUUCGUGCAUUCAUUUCCUCGGAAAGUUAACAAAGCAAAAUGGAACUGGAGUUCAUAUAUAAGAAAAAACACACGGGAAGGCUGGGGGACCCACGGAUGAGUGAACCCCUCGCAGUUGCGUCAGGCAGCGGCGCAAGGUCGGCGAACCACGCGUGUCUGGGCUUCUACCUUCUACCUGUUUUUUCAGUGCGGCAAAUAAUUACAGCACCUCAUCCCUGUUUAUUAUAAUUCAGAUCAUCACACAAGGACGGUUCUGGGCCCAUCCAAACCACUGGUCUGACUUGCCUGCGUUUCGCGAUUUAACAGCUUGUCGUACACUUUUGUUCUGCCGGACAGUGCGAUGACUCCAAAGGUAUACUGUUUUGUUCAGACAACGAGUCACCGAUAUAUAGCUCUGAACAGGAUCUAAAAUGGGUCCGACAGGUCAUCGCAAACGCGAUGUACUCACUUGCUUCCUAAGAUGGGACGUAUAGGCGCUUCUAAUGUAUAUUGAGCGACCCAGACGGAUAGGUAAGGAUCCACGUUUUUCGGCCAAUCAUGUGCACAUAUGUUUGUGUCCCUAAAACAGACCACGCGGUAAACGCGGAGUCCGGCAGAUGUUAUCAGGAACGCGUAUCUACAACAAAUGUCAAUAUUCGGGGUGUGGUGUCGGGCCCAGUUGCAGGGUCCCGCGGCGCACAUUAGGAUUCUUGCCGUCCGCUCACCCCCCCCCCCCCCUUACAUUUUGUUGUCUGCUAUUUUGCCCAAGUGUUUGUUGUCCAACAGGGAAUGUGGUGGUACGCCUGGGUGCGAGCACGGUAGUGCCAGUCCCCCCCACCCCUCACCUCGAGUCUUCUUGAUUAUAUAUUGAUAGCGGGUCCGGGUGAGGAGGAGAAUGAGGAGGAGGAGGAGGAGGAGGAGGAGGAGGAGGAGGAGGAAGUCUGUUAG